AUGUAUUAUAGGCGUCGAAUUUCAAUUCAUCCAAAGAAUUUGGACUUUUUAUGGUUAAUUGAUUUUUAUUUUCCUGAAAGAUGCGUAGACUUGAACAAUGAUUACCAGGAAGCGCUCAUACACAUCCCGCUCCCGCGAAAAGACAGAUCCAGAUCCAAUGAACGCUAUACAUCUCAUUCUUUGUUAAGGGAAAGGAAUAGACAGAGGUCACGUUCGAAAAAUCUCGACUAUAGUCCGCGUCGUUCAGUUAGUCCUCCAGAACAACAGUCUAGGUUCUCAAGACUUAGAAAACCCGAAAUACAAUCGAGUGUUAAUCCUAUCACUGACUUUCAAACAGAAGGUAACGUUUCACUCGUCUUACAAAUUCAGGAACGGCUGUGUACAAUAAACGCAGAUCUCAAUAGUCAUCGAACGCACAUUUCCUCUCGAUGUGGACUUGUCGCCGUUAGAAAGUCUCGAACAUUUGACUUUCGAAGUAGUCAAUUAACAAUACCACGUCGUACGAAUGAGGGUCACAAACCUAUUUUUGAUCGUCCCGGAAUGAAAUUUUAUAAUACUGUUGCUGAAGAAGCCAAUAUUUACAAACGCUUAGCUGAUACAAUCUCAUCCUCAAAUUCACGAAAGUCCCAGAAGUUGGAAAGCAAACGAGAAAGUCCUGGUCGAUUUUAUGGCAGUCGAGUUGAUGAACGUUUUUUGGAUUCAAAGCGUACUUAUCCCUUGGAUCCUUCAGAAAUUCCCAAAGGCCAAUCUUAUUAUCUCCAUGACGAUCGAGCAGACGAUGGCUAUGGUCCGAGGCGUCGACGAAACAAUACUCAACCUGAUCGUUUAUAUUCAUCCAGUUAUCGGCGUGAUCGUCGACCUCAACGUCCUUCACGUUCACCAUCUAGAUCACGGUCGUCACGUUUAGAUGUGACAACAAAAAAGUGGCUCCAUGAUAAGUUUGAAGAGAUCGAGGGGGAUAGUUCUUCACAAAAACCAGUCCCGAUGCCUGUUCCUGCUCCAAAACCAAUUUUGUGGUCCACUAUCGGGAAAGAAAUUGUAAAUGGAAAGAAGACUACUUUAAGUGAAGACCAAAAUUACAGCCCAAAUAGUGCAGCCAACCAGUCACCGCUCACUGACAGUGACAACCCAGCGAAGGUACAGUCAGUUGUGAAUAGUACAAAGACGCACGGUGAUUACAAGGGUGCUGCCAAAGAGGAGCAGUAUAAUAAUGAAGUCAUUCAUUUAGAUGUGGAUCAAACGUUUGAUGAGACUAUGGAACAGUGA